UCUGCAAGGUUUAUGAGCAGCAUGGAGCUUACAAAUCAAACACUUGUUUCAGAAUUCUUUCUUGUGGGACUGACAGAUGAUCCAGAACUGCAGCCCCUCAUUUUUUGCCUGUUCCUGAUUAUAUACUUGGUCACCAUUCUCGGGAAUCUGCUCAUCAUCCUGGCUGUCAGCUCUGACUCCCACCUCCACACACCCAUGUACUUCUUUCUCUCCAGCCUGUCCUUCACUGACAUCUGUAUAAGCACGACCACCAUCCCAAAGAUGCUGGUGAACAUCCAAGCACAAGAUCAGAGCAUCACCUACACAGGCUGCCUCUCCCAGGUUAGUUUCGUGUUGAUUUUUGGUGGCCUGGAAAAUUGCCUCCUCGCAGUGAUGGCCUAUGACCGCUAUGUGGCCAUUUGCCACCCACUGAGAUACACAGUCAUUAUGCAUGCUCGACGCUGUGUCCUGCUGGUUCUACUCUCCCUGCUCGUUACUACUGUGAAUGCCCUGCCUCACAGUCUGAUGAUUCUGCGUCUGUCCCUCUGCACAGACCUGGAAAUCCCUCACUUUUUCUGUGAACUUGCUCAGGUCAUCAAGCUCUCUUGUUCUGAAACACUCAUCAAUUACCUGUUAAUGUAUUUAGGGACUAGCCUAUUUGCUGGUGUUCCUUUCUCUGGGGUCAUUUUCUCUUACACUCAAAUUGUCUCUUCUAUUCUGAGGAUCCCAUCAAUCAGGGGACAGUAUAAAGCCUUUUCCACCUGUGGGUCCCACCUCUCUGUUGUCUGCUUAUUCUAUGGGACAGGUUUGGGUGUGUACAUGAGUUCUGCAGUCAGUGACUCUUCAGUUAAGAAUGCAGUAGCUUCAAUGAUGUACAUUGUGGUCCCUCAAAUGCUGAACCCCUUUAUCUACAGCUUGAGGAACAAGGAAAUGAAAGAAUCCUUAAGACAUCUAAUCUCUGGUACACCUUCCUUACUGUGA